AUGGCCGCAGCAGACGCCACCGCAGUAACCCCAGAGGAUCCCGCUGCCCCUCAGCAGGCCAAGCAGGACAUCAACCCCUGGUCCGUGUCGGGCGAGGUGGGCGAGGACGGCAAAGUCAAGGCAAUCGACUACCGCAAGCUCAUUGACGAGUUUGGCACGUCUCAGAUUGACGAUGCGCUGCUGGCGCGCUUCGAGCAGGUGACAGGCCAGAAGCCGCACCGUUUCAUGCGCCGUGGCAUCUUUUUCAGCCACCGCGACAUGCACGCGAUUCUGGACCGCUACGAAAAGAAUGAACCAUUCUUCAUCUACACUGGCCGUGGGCCGAGCAGUGACAGUAUGCACAUUGGUCACACUCAAGUGUUUGACUUUGUCAAGUGGUUGCAAGAUGUCUUUGACGCCCCUCUGAUUGUCAUGUUGACUGAUGAUGAAAAGUACUUGUUCUCGGAAAAGAGAACCGUCGACGAAGUGAUUGGCUACUCGAAGCAAAAUUGCAAGGAUAUCAUUGCUGCUGGCUUCGAUAUGAAAAAGACAUUCAUCUUCUCCGACUUUGAAUACGUCGGCGGCGCCUUUUACAAGAACAUUGUGCGCUUUGCCAAGCGCGUCAACUUCAACACGGCCAAGGCAGUUUUUGGCUUCGACGGGAGCUCCAACAUUGGCAAGAUUCACUUUGCCAGCAUCCAGGGCGCCACGGCCUUUGCUAGCUCGUUCCCGCACAUCUUUGGCACCGACGAGGCCGCGACGGCCAAGAUUCCAUGCUUGAUUCCCUGUGCCAUCGACCAGGACCCCUACUUUCGGCUGACGCGCGACUGCGCCGCCGGCCUCAAAUACGCCAAGCCGUCACUGAUUCACAUGCGCUUCCUUGACGCCCUUCGGGGGCCAGGCUCCAAGAUGUCGGCCAGCGAUGACACGUCGGCCAUUUUCCUGAGUGACUCGGCGAAGGCCAUCAAGAACAAGGUUAACAAAUACGCUUUUUCGGGCGGCCGUGAGACAAUUGAGGAGCACCGCGAACGAGGCGGCAACGCGGAUGUGGAUGUCUCUUAUCAAUAUCUGCAGUUUUUCAUGGAGGACGACGAGGAACUGAAACGAAUCAAGGAAGAAUACACUAGCGGCAGAAUGCUGACAGGAGAGCUCAAAGCCAUUUGUAUCGAGAAUCUCCAAAAAUACGUCGCCGAGUUUCAAGAGCGCCGGGCCAAGGCCACCGAUGAUGUUGUCGCCCAAUUCAUGGCGGUACGGCCGCUCGAGUGGCAGGGCAAUCCCAGGGUGCCGCGCGCCGACCUCGUCGUGCCUGUCGCAGGGGCCGCCAGUGCUGCAGAGGGUUCUGCCGCAGCUGCAGAGGGUUCUGCCGCAGCUGAGGGUGGUGAUGGCAAGUUGACCAAGAACCAGAUGAAGAAGCUCCUCAAGGAGCAGCAGAUUGCGGCGAAAAAGGCGGAAAAGGAGGCGGCCAAGGCCAAGGCGGCGGGUGACGCGGCGUAG